AUGGUAAUAUUCAUACUUUCAUUAUUUACAUUGAAAUAUUAAACUUUAAAUACAUUAUGAAAAUUAAAUUUUAGUUAAGAAUUUUCUUCGGCUUAAUUUUAUUUCUAAAUUAUUGAUAAAUUAAAAUAUGUGACAAAAAAUAUUUAAAUAACAAAUACUAUUAUAUCAUAAGAUCCUACAUAUUAAAGUAAAUUUAUUAUAAUAAGAUUUAUUACAUACUUGGUUCAUUAAAAUUUUGUUUAUGUUAUUAUUAUUAAAAUCUGUAUUUUUAUUCUUAUGAAUGUAAACGUUUAUAAUAAUUUCUAAUAUUUGUAAUAAGUCGACAUUCUCUAUCAAGUUAUCUAUUAUCAGAUAUGUUUAAUCCAGUAAAAUAUAUUUAAAUGCCUUCAAGUUACUUGUUUAAACAUUAGAUUACAAUGAAUUAAAACAUGAAUAAAUUUAUAUAAGUUUAUAUAUAGGUUUAUUUUCAAUGUCCUUUCUUAUUUAGGAAAAUACUUAGUAUUAUUUUAGAUAAUAUUAGUCAACUAUAUGCAGUUUAAAAACUUCUAAUAUAUAUACAUUGUAUAUAUUAGUUUAAAAUUUAACGUUGUAAACUUAGUUUAAUAAAUUGUUAAUAUAAAACCCAGUUACCCUAUAGUUAAUAUACUUAUAUUUAUAAUUGAACUGUUUAAUUUAAGUACCAAACUAUCUUCCAAGCUCUAUUUUAAUAAACUAGAUUAAGGUUAUGUAUAAAAAUGAAAAUUAAUAAACUGAUUCAUCUUCUUCUCUUUUGUCUUCAUCUCAAAUAUUUGUGGUUGCUACUACAUCAUCCUCACAUUCAUAUACUCACAACAUAUAUCAUAUAUAUAUAUUUUUUUAGCGGGAACCUGAGCACCUUCGGAAACUUUUUGUUGGAGGUUUAGAUUAUAAAACAACAGAUGAAAAUCUCAAAAAAUAUUUUGAACAGUGGGGUGAAAUAAUGGAUGUUGUUGUUAUGAAAGAUCCUCAAACCAAACGAUCAAGAGGCUUUGGCUUUAUUACAUAUGCUGCAGCUCAUAUGGUUGAUGAUGCUCAAAGCGCACGUCCCCACAAAAUUGAUGGCCGUACAGUAGAACCUAAGAGAGCUGUUCCAAAAACUGUAAUUGAAAAAUAAGCAUAUAUCUAGUUUAGCGCCCAUGCAAUUGUUUGAGUUUUUUCAAAAUGUGGGGUUUUACUUGUACAUUAAGAAAAUACAAAUAAAAUCAAAUCGGACAAAUUUCGUUUUGCAUAUUUUUUAGUUGAAAUUUUGAAUUUUUUUUAAAAUGUGUUUUUUAAUGCCUUAUUCAUUGGUAUAACCAAUACUUACUUUUAUAGUUUUUGUAUAUAAAUAUUUAAAAAAAAGCAUUUUUGGAGUUCAUUCAAAGUGUGGUUAAAAUUUGUCAUUGUUUUUUAUUAUUAUUAUUAUUUCUAAUUAUUGAGAUUUUGAUAACCGGUUUUUUUUAUUUAAGUCAGAAUAAGGCUAUUUAGUUUACUUUUAGAGUUACAAACGUUUAAAUGCAAAGUGUUAUGCUGCACUCACUCGGACAAUUUUAAUCAAAAAUAAUCGUUAACUAUUUAUUUUUCCCUGUUACCUACUCGACGUGGUUUUGCACAACAAAUCAAAAGUUUGAAAAUGUUAAACUCUAACUAAGAAAUAUACAAAACAAAAACCCCUACAUUAAUGAAGUUUUCAAUCAUAACUUUAAAAUGAAGUUCGUCUGCCUUGAUUUUUUUUAUAUUUUUAAUGUGCAUGUAAAACCACACAUUUAAAAAAAAAAAAAAAUCAAAAAAUCACGUGGGCGCCAAAUCAGAUUUUUUCUGAAAAAUAUUGAUUAAUUUUAUUAAAAAUAUUUUAAUUAUAUCAUUUCUGUUCGAUAGGACAUUGGAAAACCUGAAGCUGGAGCGACAGUAAAAAAAUUGUUUGUCGGUUUGUUAAAUGAUAGCAUUACUGAAGAAGAUUUAAAAGAGUACUUUUCUCCAUAUGGUAAUGUCACUUCUGCUGCUUUAGUUGUUCAUAAAGAAACUGGGAAAAAACGUGGAUUUGGUUUUGUUGAAUUUGAUGACUAUGAUCCAGUUGAUAAGAUAUGUCGUGAGUGUAAACAUUAAUAUCUUUAAUUACAAUAUCUACUUAUUUUUUUAAUUCAUUAAUACAUUUAAUUUUAACAGUAAAAGGAUCACAUAUAAUCAAAGGUAAAAAGAUUGACGUGAAAAAGGCAUUAAGUAAAGAAGAAAUGGCUAGGGUGAAUGCUAGAAAUAACAGCAAUUCUUCGGAUAAUUGGGGAAAUGACAACCGAAGUGCCUGGGAACCUACAAUGAGAAAUUUUGGAAUGAGUGGUAGAGGUGGUGGUUGGAGAGGUAAAAUUUAUUAAAUUUAUCUAUUGUUUUAUAAAUAAUUUACAAUGUUUAAUAAGUAAAUUAAAAAUAAUAUUACUAUUUAAAGAUAUCUUAAACAUUAUAAUUUCAGGUGGUAAUGACCCUGAUCCGUGGGAUUCAGUCCCUAGUUCUCGGAGUAGCAAUUGGAGAAGUCCAUCAACUAGCGCUUGGAACAAUAAUUUUGGUGAUGGUUAUCAACAGAAUUUUAGUUCAGGUCCCAUUAGAGGAAGUGGUGGUCCUAUGCGUGGAAGUGGUGCUACAAGACCUGCGCCAUACAAUAGUAAUACUCAAUUUUUUCAUUAAGAUAAUAAUAUAAGUCUGAUGGUAAUUUUGGUGUUUCAUAAAAUAAAUUUAAUCUGAUAUACUUUUGAAUAUAGGGUAUUGUAUUCUCAGCAUAUUUCUGUUACUGAUUUUAUAAACAAUUGAUGAAAUCUAUUUCUUCACUCUAUUCACUAAGAUAGUGUCAUGUUUGUUUAUUUAAUAUUAUGAAAAAACCUUAAGAGUUGAAAAUAUCUCCUUGAGAAAACUCAUAGCACAAAUGCCCUUUAAUUUAUGUAAUUAAUGUAUUCCACUAUAUCUAUACAGUACAACAGUAUACUGCAAAUUUGAUAUAAUUCAAUAACUUAGUAUAGUAGCAUUAGUACUCAUUUAUCAUAAUGUCUUUCUUAAAAAAAUAUUUUGUAUCAUCUAUCAAAUAUUAUUAAUUAUGUUUAUUGUGCAGGUGGUUUUGAUAGUGGAUACAAUGACUUUAGUGGUGGAUUUAGUGGCAGUAACUUUGCCAGUGGUGAAGGAACUAACUUUUCUGGUGGAAGGGGAAGGGGAAGUGUUCGUGGAAGAGGUGGUCCUGGAAGAAGUGUAUCUGGUAGAGGCAUUGGAAAUACAAGUCGUGGUAGGGGUGCUUUUAGUCGAGGAGGAAGAGGAAGAUACUAA